AUGCUCCCCAAGUUGCUGAAAACGUCCCCUGCGUGGGACCCGAGCUCGCAGCGCUCCGAAGUGGGCUCUUCCAUAAUAACACAAUCUGACAGCGACGAAGAGGACCGCACACCGCGCCGCAGAACAUCGGCAAGGCUCGGCGGAUGUGCAGAUGCGCAGCGCGGAAAGCGCCGCACGGAUGAGAACAAGGAAAAUAUUGCGCCGGUCCGCGCAGUGAGCCGUGCUGUGCUUGCACAAGAAGAACAGGAAGCACAGGACGCAAUUGCGAGCAGGACACGCGCAAGGCUCGCUCACACGCCGCCUCGUAUGCCGCGGCAGACGGCUGCGAACGCAGAUGUAGUGGCAGCGGCUACAUCGCAUACGCCGCGAACUCCGCGGCGCAGCAGUCGUGUGGUGUCGACGCCCAGCUCGAUAGAUUCGAGCCGCGACUCUCCAUGCAGCGAUAUGCUCUUUCCCCAGCACAGCGCCGCAACGCCCAUGACGACGCCCGAAACGACUCCCACAAAAAAAGGCUCAAACAACGACCCUCUCACGACCCCAUUCUUUGCCCAUGUUUACGCACAUGCACGCGCCAUGCUCCGUGAUCAUCCCGCAGCGCCCCUCGUUGGCCGUGAGACGGAGCGCGCCAAGAUUGGCGCCUUCCUCGAUGCAUGGUGCCAAGGCGAUGAGACGCAGUGUCUUUACAUCUCUGGUAUGGCUGGCACUGGAAAAACGGCGCUUGUGCGCUCGAUUCUCGACGGAAAAAUUGCGGGCGGCACCAUGCAAGCCGCCGUCAUAAAUUGUGCAGGCCUCUCGAACCCCGGCCAAGUCGCAGCGCACGUUCUAAGUGCGCUCGACCUGCCGUACCCCGACGACGAAGCCGACAAUCUCGAGGUGCUCGAGACGACGCUCAGGUCGCGCACUGUGCCAUUCCUCCUUGUGCUCGACGAAAUGGACCACCUUUUGCACACACGCGUUCAUCUGAACGUACUCUACCGCCUGUUUUGCAUGCCAUCGCGCCUGAAACCGCACAUGAGCAUGGCCUUGAUCGGGAUUGCCAAUGCGUUGGACUUGACCGAGCGCUUUGUUCCUUUGCUCAGUAGCCGUGGCGUGCAGCUGGCGCAGAUGCAGUUUCAGCCCAUGGAGGCGCAGGAUGUGUUUGCUGCCGUCCAAGCAAGGAUCCAGCUUGUCGAGGCUGCGCACAUUGCAGCCAAGCCCGAACCGUACAUGCCCGCACUGUUUGCACGCCCUGCGCUCGAGCUCUUUGCACGCAAACUAACUACCGUAUCGGGAGACUUGCGCCGCGCGAUGGAAGCUGCACGCCAUGCUUUGGAAAUGGUGGAGAGCGAGCAAGCCCCGGCUUCACUUGCCGACUUCUCGCCAUGGACAGCACCCAAAGUGCAGCCAAAACAUAUCCUCCGUGUCCUCUCGAGCAUGGCGGGCAAUUUGCAAGUUAUGCGUGUGCGCAAUCUCGGCGUCCACGCCAAGCUGUUGCUGCUUGCGUGGGCUGUACUGCAGCAUCGUACUACCCACAAACUUGCCUCCGAGAGCCUGCAGGAUGGUGGGACACGCAUCGCUGCGCUCGAGUCGACAUACCACAGCAUGCUUGCGCAGGAUAAUGCGUUUGUCACUCCGCUCGAGAGCAGCGAGCUGCUCGAUGUCAUGGAGCGUUUAGAGGCGCAUGGCCUUGUCCGCAUUUACGCUGAGGCUACGGGCGGCAGCUCACCACAAGCCUUUUCUAAGUCUGGCGGCGUGCGCCACAAGACAGGCGCACAGCGUGUCUCGCCCAGUGGAAAGCGUGCCGCAAAGAAACAGCUGCUUGCAUCGAACCGGCGCAUGGCGCCGACGCUUGACCGCGAGAGCAUUAUCAAGGCGCUGACUACGACGCCGGCAGUGCCUAUGGAGCAACAUACACACACGGUAGCACAAGCAAUGCUCCGGCUCCUACGGCGCGAAGAGGAUUGCGUUGCGCGCGCGACGCUAUGGCGCACUGUAGAGCCGGAGCGUGCACAGAUCCGUGUUGAAGAGCUUGGCGGCGGGCGCGAUGCAUUGCCGCCUGCUGAGCUCUAG